AUGAAAAAUUCCGAAAUCUCUCCUAUUGUAUUCAAACAAGAACCUAUUGAAGAUAAUUCCCACCUACAACCUUCAUCAGUAUCAUCCAUUAGUCGUAGUCUUGACAAUAAUGACAGCAUCAAUUAUUCGAAUUAUCAAGAUUUCGAUUUAGGCGGUUAUCCGUGCUCUACAAUGGUUACUAUGACAACAGACGAUAAAACAAAUUCAGUGUUUUCAAUAUCAGAUGGGAAACUAGUGUCAGUGUCAAAUACAAUUAUGACAAAUGAUAUACUAUCAAAAAACUUCCAGAAUUCUUUGAAUAAUUUAAACUUAACUAGUCAAUUUAGCCAUCACCAUCAUCUUUCUCAUCAUCAUAGUCAUCAUCAUAAUACAAAUGGUGAGAAUACAGAGUUUCCCAACUCCUUACUACAAAGUGAAUCUGUACGAGAACAGAACUAUUCGGUAUCCCCAAUGGAUGUAUUAUUGCCAUCAUCUGAAUCUUCAUCAUCAACUGUGAUGACAUCAGCUUCAGUUGUCAAUAUGAACUUGAACAAAAAUACAAUUGAUUUAUUAAAUGCUCCAAGGUUGAGUUUAACUCGUAACAACUUAAAAACUAGUCUUUUAAACACUGUAACACGUACAUCUCAACCUUCCUCUUCGUCUACUGUCACACGUCAUCAUACAUCAAAGACAUCUGUACCAAGCACACCAACAAAUGUUACAAGUAAUCGUUCUAUAGGAAGUCAAUCAUGUGGGAGUGGAUUACGGUCAACUGUAGGACAACAUCGUCCACAUCAUCAUCAUCAUCACCAUCAUCUUCAUCAUUAUCGAACUGCAUCGAUAUGUUCCCGAGCAUCAUAUAUGUGUCGAAAAUGUAAGACACACGGACAUAAUAUACCUGUGAAACGACAUAAACGUACAUGUCCUUAUACUAAUUGUACAUGCAUUAAAUGUCAUCUUGUCGAUCAAGGGAGAAAGGUUGUGGCUAAACAAAUAGCUCUCUAUCGUGAUCAAAAAGGUAAUUCACACCAACGGGAUACUCAUGACCAAUCAGAUAUGAAAAGUAAACAAACAUCUUCCUGUAUCAAUUGGUCAUCGUCUUCACUGGCAUCCCCAACAACACCUAUUAACACAAGCUUGGAAGUCAAUAGAAUUGAUGAAACAAGAAUAAAUAAAAAUUUAAGCACAAAUCGAAAUACUACUAAUACUAAUACUAAUCGAUUAUUAAAUAAUAAUCUGAUGCAUAAUACUUUGAUUGAUAAUAAAAUAAAUUCAACAUUAAUUCCAUUAUCACAUUCAAAUACUCUAAGAUCAGCUGUAGCACUUAUGGAUGAGAAACAGGCGGUUACAUCUGGUCCACACUGUCGACGAUGUCGUAAUCAUUCAAUAGCUGUUACAUGGAAAGGACAUAAGAAAACUUGUCCAUUUCGAAAUUGUCCAUGUGAUCCGUGUCGAUUGAUCAAUGUGCGAAAGGAUACAGAGAAGACACUUCGAGAAAUGGUAAGUCAUAAUGAAAUGAAACCAUUUACAAACGCCUGUAAGGAGAAUCGUACAAUCUGUUCUUCGUAUACGCCACAACUAACAACAGAGACAACUCCAAGCUUCUCAGAGGCAAGCAAUCGAUCUGAGUAUAUACUCAAAUCAAUUCAUACAAACAAUGAUAUGAUUCCUAGUCAUACAAAUGGGAACAGACAAUUAGAACAAAAUUUUGUCAGUCAACAGAUACAUGAUAAUCAAGUAUUGCGGCCACCAAAUUCAUCUACAUGCUUAACUCAACUGCUACAUGACAAUACUCGUAAUAAUAAUAAUAAUAAUAACUGUAUUUCAAUGAAUCUAACUCGUCCCGAAGUCAAUCACUCAUCCAGCUCACGUCCAAAUUCCAUAGAUUCUUUUCAUUCACAAAACAGUUCAGAUAUUCAUUCCAAUAAUUCUCUUCCAACAAUAACAACUCCUUUUUCCAGUGUAAAUCAUUUAAAAACGCAUUCCAAUUGGAUUUUAAAGUCUUCAAAUCAAUUUAAAAAUUCAAACUGUCCACCAUAUCGUGAUAUAAAUCAUCUUUCAACUGAUUGGUGGAUUCAACCUGCCAGUCUUUUUCCAACAUCCACUGCAUCAUUGAAUAUUUCUGCAGCAUCUUUACUGUCACCACCCCUUACAUUACCAAUAAAUCCUUCACAAAAUCAAUUAAUGUCAACAGAUUUGAGCGAAUAUGUACAUUGUGAUACAGUCAUUGGAAAUAUGAGUCAAAAAAUCAAUAAUAAUAAUAAUAAUAAUAAUAAUAACAAUAAUAGUAAUAAUGGUGUUGGCGCGGAAUUUGAUCCUUCAAUGACGACACAUUUUUCUCAGUUAAACUCGGUUGAAGAAGACUAUUAUCAAAAUACAAUGUUUAAAAAUGAUUUAGUUAAUGAGAAUAUUGGUGACUUCGCUUAUAUUGAUAAUAAUAACAAUAAGAAUUAUUAUUAUGAUAGUCCAGAUUAUGUUGGAUGUGUUGGUGAUUUUCGAAAUUCAUCAUCUUAUCUAUCGAGAACAAAUCGAUUUCAAGUAUACAAUCCUAUGAUGAAUAACUUGAUCAAUCAUAAUACUACUGUUAACACUACUAUGAAUAACAACAGUAAUAGUAAUGGCUGUAACAAUCCUAUGAGUAAUAAGUUUGGUUCAUGUUUCAAUUCACAACUGCCUAAUGAAACACCAUUCUAUUGUCCUGAAAGAGUUUCAGCUGUGGCAGCAGCAGCUGCAGCAGCUGCUGCCAUGGUUGCUAUGACACCAGGUAUCAGUAGUUCACCAAGACGAUGUUCACAUCAUCAUUACCAUCAUCAUCAUUGUCAUGCACACACACACUGUUAUAUUAAUCAGAACUAUCGAGAAGAUAUACAACAAAGACACGAAGAGGAGGAUGUUGGCGGGGGUGGUGUCGACGAUGACGAUGAGGUAGACGAAGAGGAGGAGGAUGGGUUAGGCGAAGACGAUGCUAAGCGAUACUAUCAUUUUCACCAUUUGAUUAACCAGCCAAUUUCAAUUCAACAACAUCAUAAACCUUAUGAAACACUAGAUCCAACAAUCUCUUAUUCCGAUUUAGAACAGAACAGAACAGUUAGAGGAUGUUCUCCCUUCAAUAAAGGUCAUCUUGAUGAUAACGGAGAAGCCCAUAUACCUUUAUUGCAUAAAACCUGUACAGCAACUGGGAAUUCGACGGCGUAUAAUGAUGAAUAUCAAGAUCCAUUGAAUGAUUACUAUUCAAGGUUUAGUAGAUCUCCAAAAGGUUGGAUAAAUAGAGAGACAGAUGACAUUAGGAUAUCUCAACAAGAAUUAUCAACACUGAUCCAACAUACUGUAAACAAUAAUAAAAAGUAUGACUUACGCCUAGCCACAACAUUCCCUUCAGUUCCAGUUACAAUCGAUGUGCCCCUUCCUCAUCUAACGCCAGAUAACUUUCGUGAUUCAAAUUUAACUGCAAUUACAUUGCCUUCAUCAUCAUUGUCAUCUUAUGCACAAAAUAAUCUAACCACUUCCUUUCCAUUCCUACCGACUAAUACACCCACGUCAUUUACUCUGGAUUAUUUAAAUCCAAUCUGGAAAAAUCAAUGUAAUGUUAAAAUGAGUCAUUCUCUAACUGAUGUGUCUGGACAAAUCAUUAGUAACGAUAGUAAUAAUAAUAAUAAUAAUAAUAAUAAUAAUAAUAAUAAUGCUGAUGAGAAACAGAUACAUUCACGAAUCUCAGCGAGUCAAAUAAAAGAUUCAAAAUCUGAAUUUUCAAGAAUGCUCAUCCAUCAGCCUAACAACAAUGGUGAUGAUCAUGAUGAUAAUAACAGUAGUGGAAAUCCAUCGACAUGGAACUUGAACACUGCAUCACAUUCUCAAUGCAAUAGUGAUCAGAUAUUGUUCAACAGUCAAUCCAAUUUAUUGGGGAAUAGUUCAAAUUUUGAAUCUACCAACGGAGCUAGAGAUGCAAAUGUUUUAUUGAGAGGAUGA